AUGCAAGACGAGCACCAGCAGCCACAAGAGCAGCAGCAGCCACAAGAGCAGCAGCAGCAGCAGCACGAGCACAAGCAGCAGCAGCACGAGCACAAGCUCGAGAUCAUGGCGGACCUGCGCCACGACGCCGAAGACGAGGACGAGGACGACGACGCGGGCGGCAAGCGGCGUCUCUUCCGCUUCAAGCCUGCGUUCGACGUCGUGCUCGCUCGCGAGGUCAUUCGCUGCUUCCCGUGGGCAGCAGGAUACGGGCGCACGCGCUCUGCGUGGAUGAACGUGGCAGCGCGGGUGCAGUCGACGCUGGAGAGCCUCAAGGGCGUGGCAUUCACGCGGGGGAGCUCUCUGGACCACGCGAUCGUCAAGCGGCGCGUCGAUAUGUUGCUCGAAGCGUUUCGGAAGCACGAGAUGUCGAGCUUGAGGGGGACGGGCACGCCCGAGGAGUUUGAUAUGCGCAAUAAGCUGCUGGCGAUCUUGACAAGAGUGGUCGACGAGCAAACGCUGAACAAGGGAGCGAUGCGGGAAAAGCGCGUGCAGGCGGCAUUGCAAGUGGCUCAGCGCAGUCUCGAAGAGCUGGAAAGCUCGGUUGAUUUGGUGGUGCCACCUUCGUCGAUAGGACUCACGUCGUCUCCUUCGACGCCGCCGACGAUGCCAUUGAUGCCGAUUGCUCCAGCACCAGCGUCCGUUGCAGCAGGAGUUGACGCUCGAGGUGGUCUCAGUCCCGGCUCCGUACCGCAGACUGUCGCGGUGUCACACAACGAGCAGUCAAACGGCAGCAGCAAACGCUCUGUGCGAACGACAGGUGCAUUUGCUCCUGCGUCGAUGCACGAGGCGAAGAGACCUCGAGUCGAGAAAACUGCAGCGGCAAUGGACGUGGCACUAAGUUUCGAGGAGCAAAAGUUGCGUCUUGAAGAGAGACGCGUGGAUCUGGAAGAGGAACGACUACAGUGGGAGAAGCAAAAGGCUCAAGAGGACGGACACGAGCGCCAGGCUUUGCUGGAUUUAUUGCGGGCACAGGGCUCCCUCGUGGCAGAGUUGCUGGUGCACUUAAGGACCCCGAAAGUGGCUAUGGAUUCACACGAUCUGUGA